UAUGUCGCCGGAGGACAGUGUAAGUCGGUGGCCAGGCUGGAGGGGAAGGUGGUGAUAAUCACGGGAGCCAACACGGGCAUCGGGAAGGAGACGGCCAGAGACCUGGCGCGAAGAGGUGCGAGGGUGAUUGUUGCUUGCAGAGACAUAGUGAAGGCAGAAGCUGCAGCCAGUGAAAUUCGAGCUGAGACAGGGAACCAGCAAGUCAUUGUGAAAAAACUGGACUUGGCUGAUACGAAGUCCAUCCGGGAGUUUGCUGAGAAAUUUCUAGCAGAGGAAAAGGAACUCCAUGUCCUCAUUAAUAAUGCUGGAGUAAUGCUCUGCCCCUACUCUAAGACUGCUGAUGGCUUUGAGAUGCACAUAGGAGUCAAUCAUCUUGGUCAUUUUCUCCUGACCUUCCUGUUGCUGGAGCGCUUGAAGCAGUCUGCCCCAGCCCGCAUAGUGAACGUGUCCUCGCUGGCUCAUCACGGAGGCCGAAUCCGCUUCCACGAUCUCCAUGGCGAGAAGAGCUACAAUCGCGGCCUCGCCUACUGUCACAGCAAACUGGCCAACGUGCUCUUCACCCGGGAGCUGGCGAGGCGGCUGCAAGGCACUAAAGUCACGGCAAAUGCUCUGCAUCCCGGUUCUGUCCAUUCCGAGCUGGUCCGGCACUCAUUUAUAAUGACGUGGCUGUGGAAGAUAUUCUCGUUCGUCCUGAAGACACCUUGGGAAGGAGCUCAGACCAGUAUCUACUGUGCAGUAGCAGAGGAGCUAGACUCUGUGACAGGACAGUAUUUCAGUGAUUGCCAGCCAGCCUACGUGUCUCCACGAGGUCGGGAUGAUGAGACAGCGAAGAAGCUCUGGCGUGUGAGCUGCGAGCUUCUUGGCAUCCAGUGGGACUGAGCUGCACAGACUUCAAGCAUGCAGCGCGCUGAGCCCAGCGAUGCUUCUCCCAGCAAGAGCACUGCUGAGAGACCUCAAGACAAGAAUGCUGAUUCUUAGCUGCCCUCCUGAUGGCUCUGUGGACACAAUCUAAUGAGAAUUUCUGGAGUAUUACACUUAAGGAUUGAGAUUUGUGAGCAACCAGUCCCCCUUCGUAGCUGCAGAAUUAGAGC